CCUGUAUAUCAAAAUAUAAAAUACCCCUUAAAGUACUUUUGAAAGCUUAUUUAAUCUACAACCAACUCAAUUUCGGCAUUGGGGCACAGCACCCCCCCUUAACUACGCCCCUGACGGAGUCGUAGAACUAUUGAACGGUCAAAAUCAAGCGACAUACGACGAAUUCAACUAGUACGCAACGUGAGCGAGUGAGAUGCGACGAUUUGAUCUUGAGGACUUUGUGUUGUAAAAACUAUGUUUAUCUCUGUUGUUGACUUACAAAACAAAUGACUUCUUUUCGUUUUCUUUAACCAAGUCGUCGUAGCCACUGGGCACGUAAAUGGCCUAUGAGAAGUUGUGGUGUGUUUUUAAUGGAAACGUUUGUUAAAGUUAAUAUAUUUAUCAUUCACAAGAUUGAUCUUUUGUUGUGCUGUUAAACGAAAAUUGGCGCUCGCAAGGGAAAAAAAUGGCAUCAGAAGAGGACGUUUUCGUAGAGCCAGAAAUAAACGAGGGUAGAAAUUUAAGGCACAGAAAAUUUGUGGAACGUGCACAAGAAACAAUUGAACAAGCCUCGGAGUUACUCAAAAGAAAAAUUCCUUGUGCCGGUUACUUUUUGUCUCCAAAAAGGCUGUGGUUAAAACGAGUAUCAACACCAAAUUGUGAUGUGGUUGUAGUUUUUCCUACAGGAACUCAGGAUUCUAUUUUAUUAUGGUUGUUAUCGCGUUUACGGCAGUCAUCGGGCCUUACUGUUCAUGUUCGACACCAUGCGUCUACACAGAGUAGCGCCUUUUACUUAACUGCGCCAUUUACAUUGCUUCUAAAAGCGGCAGAAGAUUUUCACCUACCAAAACAAGUGCUCUCAAUUAGAGGUGGAGGUUUGAAAGAGUUUACUGUACGCGAUUUGCAUUCAUUCGUCAAUGCUGAUAACGAAGAGACAUUCUUUACCAGUCAGGAGAGGCAGUGGCUGGUUUUGAGGUUGUUGGAGAGUAUCCGAGCGAACAUAUCCGAUUUGAAUGUUGUUCCGGACGUAACAUUGCUAGAGGGCCAACCUAUCAUACCGAGAUGCUUGCUCGCCGGCGUUAUAUCCCAAGUGUUUCCGUUACACGACCCGCAAACCUUGGAACGUCUGCAGAACAUUUGGGUCAGGGACAUACGAUCGCAGCAACCGUUAGAUGAGAUAUGUGAAUAUUUCGGCGUGAAGAUCGGAAUGUACUUCGCUUGGUUGGGGCACUAUACUAUGGUGUUAAGUGUACCGGCCGUUGUCGGAUUCCUCUUCUGGCUCUGCUGUAAUGGGAAACAUCAGCACCUGCAAGAUGUCGGAUACGUUUUGUUUUCGAUAUUCAACGUUGUGUGGGCGACCGUGUAUCUACAAGCUUGGAAACGUUACUCCGCCGAGCUUGCUUUUCGGUGGGGAACUCUAGACGAGAGGGCGGAUUUGCUAGCGAAUCCUAGGCCAUUGUAUAGGGGAAUUUUACAACCUAGUCCUGUUACCGGUCGUCUAGAGCCAUCGCAGCCAGCGUGGCGUCGACAUGUUUAUAGAUACUUUGUUUCAGUGCCUAUAAUUGCUAUAUGUCUUUGCGCAGUCUUUAUUGUGAUGAUAGUUUCUUUACAAAUACAGGAUUGGUGGGACGGACAGUUGUACGCCAGAGGUUUACCGUUGUGGUUAGGUUAUGUGCCAAAAGUGAUGUUGGCGGUCGUGAUCUCCGUAAUGGACGAGGCCUACUUUAAAAUUGCAAUAUGGCUUAACGACAAGGAGAACUAUCGACUUGAGACGAAGUAUGAAAAUCAUCUCAUCGGCAAAGUGGCCUUGUUCCAAUUUGUAAACUCCUUUCUGUCGUUAUUCUACAUCGCUUUUUAUCUACAAGAUCAGGCGCGUUUGAAAGAGCAACUGGCAGCGCUUCUCAUCGCGCGGCAAGUAAUCGGUAAUUUGAAAGAGUCGGCGUGGCCUUACAUGUUGGAACAUAUGCGGCUGGCCAAAAUGAGUUUCGAUCUAUGGGGAGUCUUAACUCCUACCACUACUCGUUCACCACCAGGUGUUAUUGACGAGUCUGAGGGAAAUGGCGAGGCUAAGGAGACUAAUUCGCAGAAAACGUUUAAGAGAAGUAUUAGUCAAGCUGAACUGGAAAGCUCAUUUUUUAAGUACGACGGAACAUUUGCCGACCAUUUAGAAAUGAUGAUACAGUUGGGUUAUGUAAUUCUGUUUUCGUCCGCGUUCCCUCCAGCGGCGCUGUGCGCUCUGUUAAAUAAUUUUAUUGAGAUACGAAGCGACGCAUUCAAGCUUGGUUAUAUAUGUCAGCGUCCGUUCGGUCAAAGAGUUCCGAACAUCGGUACUUGGCAGAAUUGCAUGGAAUAUAUGGGAAUUAUGGCUGUGCUAGUAAAUUGUGCUCUUAUCGGUCUCUCUGGUCAAGUACAUCGAAUGUUUCCUGAUAUGACUGCCACUCAAACUAUUCUUCUAAUUGUUGCACUAGAACAUAUAAUGUUAUGUAUACAUUUUUUAAUAACGUGCGCGAUACCUGAUAUGCCGUCUUGGUUGGCCACAGAGAUGGCGAAAAUUGAGUGGGCUCGUAGAGAAAUAAGUCGAGUAUCCGUAACGGCAACUCCGUCGCCGGAUGACGCCAUGACAAAACUAAUAGGGAGAUUCUCCGUGUCGCCCAGUCACGUUCAUGGCAAAGAAGACGGGCCCGAGAAACUGGAAGAGAGGUUAAAAUUGGAAUCGGAAAUUCUAAAAGAAAUUAUUGACUCGAGACCUGUCGGUCCUACUCCCAGUGCGGAACCCAUUCCGACACCUACUUCAACGGUACCUGCUGUUAAUAAAAAUCUCCCCCACCAUAAUCCAUUAUCAAUUACACCCGAUAGCAUCCAAGAAAUACCACCAUUUAAACCUAGGAAAUCGAGAGAGUGGGUUCCCGUGGAGGGAGAACCCAGCCAUCAUUUAACCAUCGGGCCGAGUGGCGGUGCCGAAUGGACGCGCAAAUUAAAGGAGGAAAGUGGUGACAUUCACCGAAGCACAGAUUGUAUUACGUCUAAGGACGCGUCCAGUUCGGAUUCGGAUUUGUUACGCAGUAGUCCAAUUUGGCCCCCCAGGCCUAGGUCGCCGAGCGGCAGUAGUACCAAUAAUGUUCCGUUACGUCCGAAACCGGUACAGGCGGAUCCUAAUUUAAGUGAUAGCACUCGAAGUAUAUCUAGUCAGGAGGCAGAUGAUCAAGUGAAAACUUCUGCCGAGGAAUUAGCGGCGAAGAAAACCAGAGUGAAACAGAGCCUAAUGAAACGUGCAAGAUCGGUGGCGAUCUUUUCGCUUAAGCUUAAGGAACGAAGAGCGAGAGAGGCGCAGGAAAAGGCGAAUAAACCGGCAGUCACGCCCACCGCUUCCCAUCCACCACCGCCACCUCCUAGUGUCGGCGGUGAACUUUCAUGUAUACCUAUAGAAAAGCUCAUACAAGUCGAAGACUUGCGACGAAACCAACGACCUAAUCAAACCGGAACUUUGUAGCCACACUAAACCUCCCCCCUUAUACAUAUUUUCUAUUUAUUGAAUUUAUUUUAUAGGAUACUGUAACCCUAACUAUUAAAGUAGGAGUAGAAAAGGCUGGCAAAUCUAUCUUAUCAAAAAUGACGGUUGUUUUUGAAAUUCUAAAUGUGAUAUACAGUUAGCACGUAUACGUCUAAAUUACUGGAAGUUAAAGGUAACAAACAAAAAACACAAAUACUUUGCAGAUGGCGCCAUCUAUUUGUGCUGUUUUUUUCGUAUUUAGUGAAGCUCAGCUGUGAAAGGGAGACUGUUUCCCAUCGGUAGAUGCGCAUACGCAUUCUUGAAUGUUCUUUUAUACUUGAAACUGGCCUUGAAUGUUGCUCGUACCGUAGAGAGAAGUACUGGCAAUGUAUAAAUAAGCCUGUUUUUCUAAAUGUACCUGACUACAUUAACUAAAAUAGUGCGCAUUACUAGUUUGCAAUUUAAAAUAUUCAAAGUUUAUUUUUUUAAAGUGCGUUCGAGUAGGGCUUAAUUUCCGAAUGCUAGGAAUAGAGAAUUUUGAUAUAGAAAAGAAACAUCCCAACAAAGUCCAAUCUACAGGGUGAGUCCUAUGGUGUCGAUUCACCUUGUACGCAAGUGUAAAUAUAGCAUUACAAAAUUCGAUAGAAUUUGACAUUUCAUUUUUUAUUGUGCAAGUCAAACGAGCAGUUUUCAACUUCGAAUUCCACUAUACAAAUGGCAGUCUUCCAAUUUGUUUCUACGAAAUAUUCAUAAGGGGGCUUAAUCUUCAUUGUAUAUUAUAUAUUAUAUUGUAUAUCGGGUAUUACUUUGUGGAAUUAUUAAAUUUAAUUUCAUCACCCUGUAUAUCGACCUAGUGUUUUGGACGCAGCUAAGAAUCACUCAUUAAAGUAAGUAUGUACCAUUAAGUAACACCUCCAAUUAUAAGCUCGUUGAAACCUGUGUAUGUUGGACCAUUGAUUACGAACACGAGGAUUAGAGAGCAGUUUUUGCUACAAUUUUCAUUACAUGAGGCACCAGGAAUUUUUGAUAGUAUAUUGUUUUUAUUUAUACUAUCCAGUAGUCCCAGGCGCCAAAUGUGUAACUGGCUUAGUUGCAAUUACAAGGGUUAAAGACCCCUCUUGCACAAAAUAAAAUUGAACCUCUACUGGCAAACACUUAACUAAUACCCCAAAUGCUUUGUGUAGAUUCGAUUAUUAUCAAUAAAUACAAUACAAAAUUGGUUUCAUACAAAUAAUUUUCGUGGGCCGAUUGCUUUAGGAAUAUUAAAAAUAUUUCGAAGAAGAUCUCUCAUGCAAAUUCCUAAAAAUAACCGACCACUGCUUGAUACAAAUCAAAAUUUUUAAAAUAACUGCAGUUAUUGACGUGGGGAAUAUUCACUUCCCAAAUGGUACGUUUCGCCUAGCGAAAUCGAGCAGGAAUCCCUCGACUCGCGGAAUCUCUCGCUAUCCCACCACUUUCGCCAUCUGAAUUUCGCCCGUGAGAAAAGCCGAAAAGGAUCUUAUUUCUGAACGCAAAUGACCUCGACUGGCGUUCCCCAACAACCAAUAGAAAAUCUGCAUUUCCGUCACGUGCUGGGUUUAAACAGAACGGAAAGUUUGAAGAUAUUAUGACAACCGCGCUCGCGAUACGUUUUGUUAUCGCCAGACAUACUUUUGUUCACGUUCGCUAUGAAGCAGUACAUUGACCAAAAUAUAAAUUCGAAAGGGUCACACAGGUUUCACGACUGUUAGUAAGCUUCGUAAUUUCUUUUUUAAUAUUCAAAUAGCGGUAUUGAAAAUUAUUUACGCAACACUGCACAUCCGAUUUAAAAAUGCAGUAGAUUUGCACAGCCUAACAACCACAACUAAUUUAUAGUGACUUAGAAUUAGGUUUCAUAAUAGUUUUUCGAUUGCUCGAAUGUAACCAAGUCAGGUCUAUAUUACGACUCGAGAGCACAAGCAAAUGUUAUGAGAUAUCAUUAGAGUUUAGAAUUAUAUUAAUAAGGUGAUUUUUGAAAAACCGUUGGAACUUAACUAUAAUUUAUGAGAGGCGCUGAUGAUGGUAAUAAAACGUGAGAGGGAAAAGCUCAACGAUUUCUUUUCGUAUGGCGUUCAAAAGGUAUAGUUAAAUUAGUUUACAGAUACCAAAAAGUGUCAAUGACUAUAGUAAGUAAAUAGAUUAAUUAAUAACGGCAGUAAGCUUUUCUGGAACUCAGUUAUGUAUAGUCAGUUUGUCUCUAGAAUUAUUUAUUUAGUAACAAAAUGUAAGUGUAGCUUUUAUAUAUUUAGGGUAUAAAUAUUAUGAGCAGUGGCCUAAAACAAUGCCAUGAAACUUACAUUUGCUUAAUCUCAUAUAUUUUGCUACGCAUUUAUUUUUGUAAACUAUCAAAUCAGUUAAAUGCACAUAUUUUUGCUACACGUGUUGGAAAGUUUGUGUUUUUGAACAACUUAAUUUCGUCCAAAUUGUGUAUAAUCGACUUCGAAAUUAUUUUUAAGGCAAUAAACGAUGAGUAUAAUGUGCACUUGUACAAAAUACUUACUGAGCGCACAAUGUCAACAUAUUCUAACGUAUUCUUAAGUAGCCGUUACGUUCUGUUAGCCCUUAUCUACGUUUGAAGUCACAAUAAACACUGUGCGUUGUGAUUUUGGUUUUUGUAAUUUAGCACUUUUAAUUUAUACACUAAUAGACAUAAGCAUUUAUACUAUGAAUGUUUCAUAAUUAGUUAUAUAUAACAGAAUUAAGACUGCAGAGUAUUUUUGUGAACGUAAUACAUACCUGUUAUUAAGUAUUAGAUUAUUAAAAAUACACGCUAUUGUAAUUACUCCAGUAAAUGCCUGCCUUGAACUUGUUGCCACUGCACAGUGUGAAACAAAAUAAGUGUUGAAUAUUUUUUUGUAUUUUGUGUCUUAUUUUGUUACUCACUGUAUCUACACAUAAAUGUUGCUUACGUGUAAGCUUGUUGAUUCAAAAUAAAGUGUUUGUAAACAA